CUCCAGCCUGCAGCAGGUAACAUGUACCUUGUUCCAACAUCAUUGAACACAUAAUAAAUGAACUACUGAACUGUAUUAUUAUUCGCCACCACAGGACUUUAUCUUGUGACAGUGCCAAUAAAUUUGAAAUCGGUCCACAUGCACAUGCACACGCACACACGCGCGCGCGCUCGAAGAUAAGCAGGAUCUGUUGGUUUGCUUGGACAGCCCAGAGAGACUGAACUCUGAAGACAACAGUUGCCAAGUUUCACCCAGUUUGUCGGUUACCGCACGUCACUGGUGCCAGAUUUCGGUGGAUACUAACCGUCUAACGCUGUAUGCAGGUGGAGAUUCUACAACUGCAGCAUGCAGCCGGCUGAAGCACAAACGGGAGUUUCUACCAAAAGCCAGCUGUUUGACUCUCUGAAGGCGUAUCUGAACAACCCAAACAGACUACAACCUAUUAUUGGCCUGGGCAGUAUAAUAGAAUGUGUGAAGGCCGGAACCCACAACACAGAGGUAUUGUACCUGUGUGAGGUAUGUGUGUGUCGACUUAGUAAAGCGGACAUGCGGAACCACAUUAUGGGGAGUCUCCACAGAUACAACUACAUUAAAGCCUGGCACCCGCACUUAGUGUCUGAGUGGAAGGAGAAGACUGACCUUUCUAAGCUGGCCCGGCCACUGAUGGAGAUGGCCAAGAUACUUGAGGGAAAAGAGGGACCAGGGGAUGUCCAGUGGUUAGAGGCUGAAGACGCUGUAUACCAGAAGUUGGCGACACACAGUGAGAAUGACGCGGUAACUCUGAUAACUAUCUUAAGAGAUGGGCAGGGUGAACGUGAGAGCCAUUCAGAGACCGUAUCUAUGCAGCAGCAGCAGCACUAUCCCAUCCAGUCGCAGAGGAUUGUAUUGCUUUCCCAGAACCCAGACACCCUCAAGACCACGGCAAAGACAAACAAAACUAUAGCUUUCAUCAAGUCAGAAAACUGGUUAAAGAACACAUCACCUGAACCCUCUGUGCUAUCAGACUACGGCAACAGCUUUCUUGAUGGCUACGCAGGGACCAAGCCUCUUAUUGGUCUGUUCCGCAUGGUUGAAUGUAGAAGUGAAGAUGGCUACACGCACUGUUUCUUAUGUCACUGCUGCCGCAUCAGAUCCAACAAAAUGGACAUCAUUGAUCACCUAACCACAUCUUCCCAUGUCGUGAACUACUUGAUGGAAACUUACCCUGAGCAGGUGGAGGUAAUGAUGGCAGAUACUGAUGACAGCAAUCAGCUUCUCCAGUCACUGGCCAAGAGAGUGGAGAGAGAGGAGGGCAGAGGAGAGCCAAAGGUGGUAAACGCACCAGAAUCCCUCUGUAUCCUAAUGACAGGCAAAAGUUACCACUGGUGUCUAAGGAUGCUACAUAGUGGUGGAUGGACACACACUAAGAACCAGAAGUGGAAAAAAGCUGUCAAAGGGCCAAGUGUGAACAAGACAUUGAAUCAAGGCAUGCCAGAGAAAUGUGCCACGACGUCAAAACGGGCAAAAAGGAGGAAAGCAAAUAGAAAACUGAGGGGAGUGACUAAUACUGUAUUCAAGGUAAGCCUGCCUCUUACCAAAGGUUCAGUGCUGCUGGAGAGGACCUCCGUCAGCAAGGACAGCCUCUCUGUGACAUCUGGAUACUCACCUUCACGGGACUUAGAUCUCAGUCCCCCGCCAGAGUCCCUGUCAGAGGACUGUGAGUUGGACUGUGACAGUGAAUCAUUUGCAGUUAACCAGGCUGUGCACACCUCACAACUUCAGCAAGACAUCUAUGGUGGACAUGAGGACACUUAUCAAUACAUGGAGCCGGAAAGGAACUUCACAGUCACUCAGUAUCAAGAGGUGGAUGGUUGUUCCAGUGACAACGAAUACUUUGAGCAGUCAGACAGAACUGGAACAAAAUAUCAAAAGAUGUGUGGGGACGAUUAUUACAACAGACAGCACGGUUCUCAAGAAAGUUCAAGUAAGAGGUUUUACAAAGAGUGGCAAACUGAAGGCUCCCAGACAGAAAACAAGUGGCUGUCACCUGCUGCAUCGCACACUGAGAACUGGCCAUCUUGUAACUCCUCCUACAGACAUGAGGCAGGUGGCACUGAGCAGUGGUACAAUCCAACUACACAGAGUAUAGUUGCCACAAGAGUGUCAAGAGAGGAGAGACAGAACAAGAUAAGCUCACACGCUACUCAACAGUAUUACCAACAACAACCCAAAAAUCAGUACAUGAUACAAGCUCAUACAAGCCUUCAGCGAGGCAGUGUGGGUCAGUAUGGUUUGUCUGAUGAACUGGAUGCUCAUGCAGAUCCUGCUAGGAUCUACAUGCAUCAUCGUGCAGGAGAUUCCCUUGGUCACAGUGGCAGUAUUGCACCAGAACCAAGAGUGCGGUUUCUUGAUAAUGAACAGAGACAAUUGCAAACAUACAUGGAGUUCACCACUGGUCCUGUCCAGACAGCUCAACAAAGCUAUAUGACACAAUCUACAGCCCAUCAAGCCAUCCAGUAUAGCCAUAGUGUGAUGUCUAACCCCAAUUACAAUAUUGGACCUAGGACAAACUCUGACCAGCGCUUCCCUCAUCCACUAAACAGUGGUGGUGGACGUGGCGGUGGUGUGUCCCAAUCAAAUACUUUCAUCCCACCUGGGCAAGCUCCGGGUUAUGCACCUCACUCUGAUUGUAAUUUCCGAGCCACUGGUUUUUCAGAUUUGAGGACUUCAGGAAGUUCAGGUGGAACAACUCCAUUUAUGUUUGAAUAUCCCAAAUUUUGAUUCUGCAUACAUUACCACACUUGACCGAGACCAGAUUUCUACUGAAGGGACUUGCAAGCUCAUUUAAUGAAAUCACACUCAGAUGGUGCAGCCCUGGUUCUAAUUCUGCCCUGGCAUAUUUUUUGUUGUUGUUGUUCCUCUGAAAUGAACGAGUUGUUUUUUUUUUAUUAUCUCAGAAUGAUGACUCAAGAAUAUUGGGGAUAAUUACAUCAUUUAAAGUGAAACAUACUGGCAUUCGUGUAUUUCUAGGUGUAACAUGCACACUAACCAAGUGAGGAUGAGUAACUUGCUCAGUAUAAAAACUUCAAACUUUUUUUCCAGUGUUGUAUAAGUUGUUUUGGUUCAGAGCAGCAACAAAGAAAUAAAAGUUGUCAAUCACACUGAAGCUGUGGUUUGUAGCUGUCAGUAAUUGAUGAACUACUACUAAUACUACAAAUAGCUACUUUUUUUAUUUCCUUUGAGCCAAUAUGUCAAAUGUGACUGUAUUUAUGUACAAGCUGUGCCAAAAUAACUCCAAAGAAGAAUUCAUUUUAGAUUGCAUUAGAUGUGUGAUGGUUGUUAUGUUUGUGCUUAAAUGGAUUUUCUAAACCUUUGAAGAGAAAUGUUAAUGCGAUAAAACAAUAUACUGCUUUCCUAAUUGUAUUACAGUAAAAAUGGCUGAGGUUGUUUCUAUGAUGUUUGGAUGACCUCUUUUUGGUUAUUUUGUGACCAUUAAAGAUAGUAUAUUUAUGUUGAAUAUGUCCAUGUGUUAUGGAAUGCUACUGAUAUUGACUCUAAGUUUCCAAAAACAAAACUUGGGAAAUGAUACAAAUGAUUAAUCUCCUUCUCUUUGGAAAUAUAAGGCUCUGUAACAUCAGUAUAUGUUGUAUGUUUACAUUGGCAGCUGUUGUAACAAUGCAAAUAUCUAAUGCUGUGGUGCAUAAUAAAGUUUUGUAAACAUCUCUUAA